ACCUUAAAAGUUUGAUUCAUUCCCAUGUUGUAGAACCAUUCCGACAACCAUUGAGACGACAUCAAGAAUGGAACCCCCACAUGUUAUAGUCCUUCCAUAUCCAAGCCAGGGCCACAUAAACCCUCUCCUCCAAUUCGCCAAACGCCUCGCCUCCAAGGGUGUCAAGGCCACCCUAGCCACCACACACUACACCCUGCGGUCCAUUGGAGCCGGAGCCGUCGCGGUGGAGCCCAUCUCCGAUGGGUUCGACCAUGGCGGGUUUGCAGAAGCACAUAAUGAAGAUACGUAUCUUAAGUCAUUCAGGGAGAAUGGGUCCAAAUCCUUGUCGAAACUCAUCUGGAAGUACAAAAACACUAGCUCUCCAGUAAGUUGCAUAAUCUACGACUCGUUUUUGCCGUGGGCGCUUGAUGUUGCCAAGCAACAUGGUAUAUUUGGGGCGUCGUUUUUCACCAACUCCGCCACGGUGUGUGCAGUUUUCAGCCACAUACACCGAGGCACGCUGACGUUGCCCGUGAAAAUGGAACACGAGCCUUUGUUGUUGCCUGGUUUGCCACCGUUGUACGAUUGUGAUAUCCCGGGAUUCAUCAAGGUUCCAGAAAGCUACCCCGCGUACUUGGCUAUGAAAAUGAAUCAGUUCUUGAACCUGGACAAAGCUGAUUUCGUGUUCGAUAACUCCUUCCAAGAACUAGAAGGCCAGGAGGCAACAAGUGUGGAGAAAUGGUGGCCAGCAAAACUGAUAGGGCCAAUGGUCCCCUCAGCAUACUUGGAUGGGAGAAUUGAAGGAGACAAGGGGUAUGGAGCCAGUUUAUGGAAGCCACUGAGUGAACAAUGCACGUCAUGGCUCAAAACAAAACCACAAGAAUCAGUCAUUUACAUCUCAUUUGGCAGCAUGGUCUCACUGACCUCAAAACAGAUGGCAGAGAUAGCAUGGGCACUAACCUGCAGCAACUCAUAUUUCCUAUGGGUUGUGAGGGAAACGGAACGACGAAAGCUUCCUACCCACUUUGUGGAAUCCACAAACGGUAAGGGUUUGAUAGUUGCAUGGUGCAACCAGCUCGAAUUGCUGGCUCAUCCAGCCGUCGGCUGCUUCGUCACACACUGUGGGUGGAACUCGACGCUAGAAGGAUUGUCGCUAGGCAUGCCAAUGGUGGCAAUCCCACAAUGGUCCGACCAAAUGACAGACGCAAAGUUCAUAGAGGAUAUAUGGCGAGUGGGAGUUAGAGCUAAGGAGGAUGAGUUUGGGAUUGCAAGCAGAGAAGAGGUUCUUUUUUGUCUUAAAGAAGUUAUGGAAGGGGAGAGGAGUGAGGAGAUGAAGAGGAAUGCAAGAAAAUGGAGAGAGUUAGCUAAAAGAGCAAUUGAUGAAGGGGGAAGCUCAGACAAGGCCAUUGAUGAAUUUGUCAAGCAGUUGAAGAUUAGUACGGGUAAAGGAGAGCAAGAGGCCUAAUUGAGAGAGUUCUUCAUUAGCCCACCAGAAGAAGAAGCACAUAGUCAAGAACUCAAAGAUUAUUACUGUAUUUGCUUCAUUGUUUCAUAAAACAGAAUGGUUGUGACAUUAAUUCAACACAAGAUAUUCCUUAAA